UAUAACCUGCCGGACGUAUUUUGGUUAUUCUGUGGAAGCAGACGCUACUAAUGGAGGCUGAAUAUCGACCAAGAGGGUUAGAAACAUGGGAUAUCGUGGUGGUUGUGUUCUAUUUAGUAGUUAUACUGGGYAUUGGUAUUUAUGCGACRGUGAAAUCCAGCCGUAAUACUGUCACUGGAUACUUCUUGGCUGGACGAUUUAUGACUUGGCUACCUGUUGGAGCAUCGGUAUUUGCUAGUAACAUUGGAAGUGAGCACUUCAUCGGAAUGGCUGGCUCUGGAGCUGCUGGGGGAAUAGGAGUAGCAGCCUAUAACACUAGCGCCAACAUAUUAUUGCCAUUUCUCGGUUUUAUUGUAGUUCCUGUCUACAUAGCAGGAGGGAUCUCAACAGUUCCGGAGUACAUCCAUAGGAGGUUCGGAGGACAAAGAAUACGCAUGUGGCUAUCGACUCUGUCGAUGUUUCUCUACGUCUUCACUAAGAUAUCUGUUAACCUGUACGCUGGAGCACUGUUUGUUCGCUUGGCGUUAGGAUGGGAUCUGUACUUCGCUAUUCUUCUAAUGUUAUUUAUUACUUUCCUUUGUACUGUAACAGGUGGAUUAACUGCCGUCAUCUAUACYGAUACGUUGUGUACCAUUCUAAUGGCUGUGGGUUCUCUAAUAGUCAUGUCAAUGGGUUUUUCUAAAGUUGGUGGUUACAGCGGUCUUAAGGAGAAGUACAUGCACUCCAUGUCCAACGACACUCUGUAUUCUAACAGUACAUGUGGAAGACCAAGGAAGGAUGCGUUCAUCAUGUUGAGAGAUCCCCUCUCUGACGUKCCAUGGCCUGGACUUAUCUUUGGUCAGACCUUCUCGUCUAUCUGGUAUUGGUGUGCUGACCAGGUUAUUGUCCAACGUGUUCUAGCAGCUAAAAGUCUGUCUCAUGCACAAGGCGGGUGUAUAUUUGCAUCAUACAUUAAGAUUCUUCCUCUCUUUACCCUGGUCAUCCCAGGAAUGAUCAGUCGUGUUUUGUCUCCAGAUCGAGUGGCUUGCAGUGUUCCUGAGAAGUGUCUCAAGAUCUGUGGUAGUGAGGCAGGAUGCAGUAACAUCGCUUAUCCAGAACUUGUUAUUAAAAUUAUGCCAACAGGACUUCGUGGUCUAAUGAUGGCCGUCAUGAUGGCUGCAUUAAUGAGUGAUCUGACWUCCAUUUUCAACAGUGCCAGUACUUUAUUUACCAUCGAUAUUUAUCGUGUCAUUAGAAAGCGUGCUUCAGUUAGAGAACUCAUGAUUAUUGGACGGUAA